GUUGCGGUGCCCGGUGCCCGGCUCGGGGGCAGCUGACACCCCCCCGGUUCCCCCCUCGUCCCGUCCCAAGGCCUCGGGUUUCGCGGAGCGCGGGAGCCGCCGGCCUUGACCUCGAGGCGGUUCCGCCUCAGACCCCCCCGGGGGCCGAACCACCGGGCCGGUACAUAAACCCCGUCCGCCCUUCGCAGCCCCGCUGGUGCCAUGGCCGGCGUGGGGGGACGAGCCCCGCUGGCGCUCCGGAGGUGCCUGUCCUCCCCCACGGCCCCCGCCCCUCGUGUCUGUGUCGUGGGCAGCGGCCCUGCCGGCUUCUACACGGCUCAGCACAUCCUCAAGCACCACGGUGGGGCCCAAGUGGACAUCUAUGAGAAGCUGCUGGUUCCUUUUGGACUCGUCCGUUUUGGAGUGGCUCCAGACCACCCUGAGGUGAAGAACGUGAUCAACGCCUUCACGCAGACGGCGCGCUCGGAGCGCUGCGCCUACUACGGGAACGUCACCGUGGGCAGGGAUGUGACAGUGGCAGAGCUGCAGCAGGCUUACCACGCCGUGGUGCUGAGUUAUGGUGCUGAAGGCAGCCGGGUGCUGGGGAUCCCAGGGGAGAACCUCUCUGGUGUUUAUUCAGCCCGUGAGUUCGUGGGCUGGUACAACGGGCUGCCUGAGAACCAGGACCUGAAGCCUGACCUGAGCUGUGAGACAGCAGUGGUUCUGGGUCAUGGCAAUGUGGCCCUGGAUGUCGCCCGGAUCCUCCUGUCCCCACUGCAGCUCCUCAGGAAGACAGACAUCACUGACUGCUCCCUGGCAGCUCUUGCCUGCAGCAAGGUGAAACGUGUCUGGCUGGUUGGGAGGAGGGGACCUCUCCAAGUUGCUUUCACUAUCAAGGAGCUACGAGAGAUGAUAAAUCUGCCUGGGACCAGACCUGUCCUGAACCCUGCUGACUUCACAGGCCUUGAAAAUGCUGUUAAAGAUGCCCCCAGGCCCAGGAAGCGACUGACUGAGCUGAUGAUCAAAACAGCCCUGGAGAAGCCUGGGGAGAGGAAGAUGGAAGGGCAGGCAGCAGCUCCCAGGGAGUGGGGGCUGAAAUUCCAGCGCAGCCCCCAGGCAGUGCUGCCCACAGCUGAUGGCAAAAGGGCAAGGGGCAUCCGCAUGGCCCUGACCCACCUGGAGGGCUCAGGUGACACUGCCAAAGCUGUUCCCACAGGAGAUAUGGAGGAGCUGGAGUGUGGGCUGGUGCUCAGCAGCAUUGGCUACCAGAUCCUGCCCCUGGACCCAGCAGUGCCCUUUGACACCCAGCGUGGCAUCAUCCCCAACAGCUCGGGCAGAGUGGAGGGGGUCCCAGGUCUGUACUGCAGCGGGUGGGUGAAGAGAGGACCCACAGGUGUGAUCAUCACCACCAUGAACGACAGCUUUGACACUGCCCAGUCAGUGCUGGAGGAUCUCCAGGUGGGGGUGCUGGAUGUGUCCUCCCCCAGAGAAGGCUUUGGGGCCGUGGGGAGCCUCCUGCAGAGCCGAGGGGUCCAUCCUGUUUCCUUCUCAGACUGGGAGAAGAUAGAUGCUGCAGAAGUGGCAAGAGGCAAAGCUGCUGGCAAACCCAGAGAGAAGAUAGUGGAUCCUCAGGAGAUGCUGCAGCUGCUCGGGCACUGAAGCAGCAGUGGAUGGACAUGGUGCUGGUGCUGUCCUGGGGCAAGGGCAGGGCCAGGAGCACAGGGCUUGUGCCUGGGGCUGGUGGCCACUCUGGGGAGGUGUGUGCUGACUCGUGAGCCUCUCCAGUAACCAUGAACUUUGGGUUCCUGAAGUGUCUCUAGACGUGUGAGGCUGCUGGCUGGCCUUGCAUCACUGCAGCCCUGGGAAUGAUUCUUGUCCUUUGAGUCCUUUCAGCAUGGAGUGAGCUGUGGCAGGUGAGGGGAGUUGUGCACCUGGCGGGAGGGCUGCUCAGACAUGUGGAUAAGUUUCUUGUGUCUUGCUGCUUCCCCCUUUAAGCCUGAAGCCAAAUGGCUUUGUGGCCUUGUCGUGUGUGCCUGAGAAAACUUCUUUUAAUAAUAAUUUUUUUUUAAAUAAACCCUGCUGGGAAAGCCAAACUGGA